ACCUCAAAAUCGCUGUCUUUCGGUCUCUGCAGCCAUCAUCCCUCUAUAUGUCCUUUUCCUAUAACCUGUCACACCAUCGAACUCAGUCCAUAAAACACUCUCAAUAGCAUCUCCCUCCUUUUAAUUUUAGCCAGACCCCCCACCCGACCAGCCCUCAACUCAACCUCUCUUUCGGGCAUGUCCCUUGUUUUGUUCCUUUGCAUUUGACACAUGGCCUUCCCACCUCAGCAUAGUUUCAUGUUCCAAUCCCAUGAAGACUCUCAUGAUCACCAUCUCCCUUCUCCAGCUUCCCUCAAUUCCCUCCCUUCUUGCCCCCCUCAAUUCUUCCAUGGUGCACCGUUUAUGAUGAAGAGAUCGAUGUCGCUUUCUGGGGUUGACAGGUGUGAAGAUGUGCAUGGAGAUGAAGACUUGUCUGAUGAUGGAUCACAGAUGGGGGAGAAGAAGAAGAGGCUCAACUUGGAACAAGUUAAGGCACUUGAGAAGAGCUUUGAGUCGGGAAAUAAACUUGAACCCGAGAGAAAAAUGCAGCUGGCUAGGGCUUUAGGCCUACAACCAAGACAGAUAGCCAUCUGGUUCCAGAAUAGGAGAGCUAGGUGGAAGACUAAACAGUUGGAGAAAGAUUAUGAAGUUUUGAAGAAACAGUUUGAAGCUCUCAAGGCAGAUAAUGAUGCCCUUCAAUCUCAGAACAAGAAGCUUCAUGCGGAGUUACUUUCUCUAAAAAAGAAAGAUCCAACUGAAGUUAAUCUGAAGAAAGAAACUGAAGGGAGCAAUGGCAGUGACAAUUGUUCUGAUGUCAACUUAGAUAUCUCAACAACAGCAGUUAUAACAAGCCCAGUGUCUUCUCAUUUAAGCAGCAAACAGCUCUUUCCUUCAUCGAUUAGGCCAACAAACAUGACUCAACGUUAUGAUCAGGCCUCAGCAAGACCAGACAUGAAAAUGGAUCAAAUGGUUCAAGAUGAAAGCUUCUGCAACAUGUUCAAUGGCAUUGAAGAACAGCAAGGGUUCUGGCAAUGGUCUGAGCAACACAAUUUCCAUUGAAACCAAGUCAUGUCUCAGAAACCAAAAAAAAAAAAAAAACCACACUAAAUGGACAGCAACCAUUACUUGAUGAUUCAUCUGUGGCUUACUGAGGUUAUUAAGAGGAAAAUCAGAAGUUGUCCUCUUGAACUGAACACAUUGGACUGGAAAUGAGUAUGGGGAAUAUGUUGGCUACGAAUAAUACACUUUUUUUCUUCCCAUACAUUGAUGAAUUGUGACACAUUUGCUAGGUUGGAUCGUAGUCUAAAUUUUAUUUUAUUUUUCUUAUUUUUGAUUAAGGUACAUGUGCCAGUGAGUGGUUUUCCAGCUCUGGCAUGUAGCAUGGGCCAUGAAUUUUUUUUUUUUUUUUUAAAGGAGGGGAUUCUCUCAAAAUAUUGUUUAAAUCUUUUUAAUUGUUGUUGGUGCUUUGGAAUCAUGAUGUUUCAGUAAGUAGCCCUGUAGCUGAGGGGCAAAUAUGAGUUUCAGAUUUUCUUCUA